AGCUUGGUAGUUGUUAAUUACUAUAUUGGUAUUAGUUGGUGUUACAAGAUUUUGAUUUAUAUUAUAAUUUUUAAGAGAAAUUACAUAUAAAACUCUACCUCUUCCUAUAGCGGCAACAUGGUUGCAAGAGUUGCAGGUGUUUUUGAUGAGAAAUUGACCGAAGCAAUCGCAAACUCCAAAGUUUUGGUCGUGGGAGCCGGCGGCAUAGGAUGUGAAAUUCUCAAGAAUCUCGUACUAACGGGUUUUCCUAAUAUUGAAAUAAUCGACCUUGAUACCAUCGACGUAAGCAACCUCAAUCGCCAAUUUCUGUUCCACAAGGAGCACGUUGGAAAGUCAAAAGCCCAGGUCGCAAAGGACAGCGCCUUAAGUUUUAAUCCAAAUGUCAAUAUCGUAGCUCAUCACGAUAGUGUUAUAAGUAAUGACUAUGGUGUUAGCUACUUUAAGCAAUUCAAUAUUGUUAUGAAUGCACUGGACAACCGUGUUGCUCGUAAUCAUGUGAACAGAAUAUGUCUUGCUGCUAAUGUGCCUCUUAUAGAAACAGGCACAGCAGGAUAUGCUGGACAGAUUGAACUCAUUAAAAAAGGAUUAACACAGUGCUAUGAGUGCCAACCCAAAGCUCCACAAAAGAGUUUCCCAGGUUGCACAAUCCGGAAUACCCCAUCGGAACCAAUACAUUGUAUUGUUUGGGCCAAACAUCUUUUUAACCAACUCUUUGGUGAGGAAGAUCCAGAUCAGGAUGUCAGCCCUGAUACAGCAGACCCAGAAGCAGCGGGCGAGGCUGGUGCUUCAGCAAUGACAUCUAAGGAAACUGAUGCAGGAAAUGUUGAAAGAAAAAGCACCAGAAUGUGGGCAGCAGAAACUGACUAUGAUCCACAGAAAUUGUUUAGCAAGUUAUUUGGAGAUGAUAUACGUUACUUAUUGUCAAUGGAGAACCUGUGGAAGAAACGACGACCACCUACUCCGUUGACUUGGGAUAAUUUGCCUGGUAAAGAUGAUACUCCUACACAACAUUCAGGCCUGCCAGAUCAAAGAGUUUGGUCUGUAUAUGAAUGUGCUCAAGUUUUUGCCACAUGUUGUAAAAGUCUUCAAGCAGAUUUGAAAGGUCGACCUGAAGGUGAUCACUUAGUGUGGGACAAAGAUGAGAAGAGUGCAAUGGACUUUGUUACUGCAUGUGCAAAUAUUCGUGCACAUAUUUUCAAUAUUCAGUUGAAGUCACGAUUUGAGAUAAAAUCCAUGGCAGGUAACAUUAUCCCUGCCAUAGCCACAGCCAAUGCAAUUGUGGCUGGUAUAGCAGUCCUGCGUGCACAAUCUAUACUAAAAGGAGAUAUUGAAACAUGUACAAGUGUGUACUUGAGACCAAAGGUUAAUCAUCGUGGUCAGCUGUUUGUACCUGAGAGAACAUUAACUGCACCAAAUCCGAAAUGCUAUGUAUGUGCUCCUAAGCCAGAAGUGGCACUCGCUUGCAAUCUCAAGUCUCUUACAUUGAAAGAUCUGAAUACAGCACUUAAAGAAGGCCUCAAUAUGCAAGCUCCGGAUGCGACAGUUGAAGGUAAAGGUCUUGUUGUACUUUCAUCGGAGCCAGGUGAAACAGACCACAAUAAUGACAAAACUUUAGAAGAAAUUGGGUUAAAUGAUGGGUGUGCUUUAAUGGUGGAUGAUUUCUUGCAAAAUUAUGAAGUCAGGGUCCGCUUGCAACAGGAAGAUGAGGAGAAAGCAUGGCGUCUUGUAACUGAUGUAGAUGAGCCAAUGCCUGCUCCUAAAGAGCAAAAACCAACCAAUGGAGCAAAUGGAAACAAUGAACCAAAACCUGGUCCAUCCAGACCAAAAGAUGACGACAGUGACAGUGAUAUGGAGAUAAUUGAAGAAGAUGAUGGUGUACCAACAGCCAAAGCUCCUAAACGUCGUCGUACGGAAAUGACAGAUGAAGUUGUAGAACUUUGUUAGUGAUUUUUGUAACUGCUUAUGAUUAAUUUGUGAUUAAGUGAUUCUCAUUUCAGUAGCUGAAAGAAUUUUUUUUUUGUGAUGAAUACUAAGUAGCUUCAAAAACUUCACUAGACAUUUACUUUAUUUUUAUGUUAUUCAUGUAUCAUUAACAGUGAUUAUAAAAUCUACAUUCUUUGCAUCACUAUUAUACAUAUCUAUGUGAAGAUAUUGUAAUCUGUUGAGUCUAAUAUAAUGUAAAACAAUGUGGUUUCAGAAAAUAUUUUUAAAAUUUUUGAUUACAUAGUUAUUUAUUCUAACAAUAAAAUUUUAUAUGUAAUAUCUUUUAUACCUGUUAAAGAAAGUAUUUACUUUCUUAUAUAUAUUAAGCAGUCUAUUGUCUCUUAAAUACUUCAGAAAUAAAUAAAAAUAAGUAAGAAUUUAGCAUAGUUUAUUUCACAAUGAUAAGAACAAUUUACUUUAGAUUAAGAAUUGUAACAAAAAUAAACAAAACAAGAA